UCCCAGAAAAUGCUUGUCAACGACUUCACAUACAACGAAUACCCUUUGCCCGCUAGCCCCCAAGAAUACGUAAUCCACAGAAAGGGUCCUUGCCUUUCAGUGGAAUCAAAAGCCUAUUUCCCUGCACUUUCUCACUCUUAAUCUCCUUUCAGCUUAACCUUUACAAGCCAAGGAACAGAAAGCAGAGCUUCCAAAACUUGUAACUUUGCAAAUUCUUCAAGAAAUGGAUAGUCUUCCGCUUGGAGAAGAAGUGAUUCAGAAAGCAUGUUCAAUUGCCAUGGAAGCGCACAAUUACCCUGAAGCACCAUGGCGUGUAGAAAACUCUCCCAGCUCAUCGGAUGUUUUCUUCACCUUCCCUGGAUCUUGGUCUGUGGCCGAUUGGUUUACUCGACUACCUUUUGGGGAAAUCAAGGUUGAUCCGUCAAAGUUGCUGUCUCCCAAAGGCAAAGAUAAAGUUGCUACAUCUCUUCGAAGUAUUGGCCGUGAUGAACUUGCAACUGUUAAUGAAGGGUUUUUGAAAAGAUUAGAGAUGAUCUUGGCCAAUCCUUCGCUUCAAAGUGAGGUAGAAAAAGCUAUUGCAGACAAGAAGCAGAUAGUUUUCACUGGGCAUUCUUCUGCUGGUGCUGUUGCUAUUCUAGCAACAGUUUGGUUCUUGGAGAAUUACAUAAAACCUGAGAUAACUCGGAUGUCACCUCUGUGUGUAACUUUUGGAUCCCCCCUUGUGGCCGAUUUCAUCUUUAACCAUGCUCUUAGACGAGAAAAUUGGUCACACUGCUUCAUACAUUUUGUGAUGAGAUAUGAUAUUGUCCCUCGGAUUUUGCUUGCCCCUUUGUCUUCCAUGGAACGAGAGCUAGAGCAGAUUCUUUAUCUGUUAAACCCAAAGCCAUUGUUUCCAAGGCAGGGAUCUACUAGAGUAGCAUCCCAGUUCUACCAAACUGUGAUGAGAAAUGCAUCAGCUCUUACGAGCCAUGCUGCCUGUCAACUAAUGGGAAACGCAAAUCCUAUAUUGGAAACAGUAGCAAGCUUUAUUGAGCUAAGCCCUUACAGACCCUGCGGAACUUUUGUCUUCUGCACUGGAAAUGGGAAGCUGGUUGUUGUAAGAAACGCGGAUGCUGUUCUGCAACUACUGUUCUACUCUACUCAGUUGUGCAGCGAGAAUGAACUUGAGGAGGUUGCAGAGAGAAGCCUCAACAGCCACUUCGAUUAUCAAAGUGAGCUUCGAGAUAGAUUAAAAAUGCAAAAUGCUGUUCACUUAGAUCAUUUGGACGGGCUUCCCCUCUCCUCGAAUGGCGCAGCUGCUGAGAAUAUAGCAACAAGCAUGGCCUUAAAUGAACUUGGCCUGAGCACUAGAGCCAGGUUGUGCCUUCGGGCUGCAGGAGAGCAGGAGAAGCAAAAACUAAGUAACCAGCAAAGAAUGGAUAGGAAGAAGGCAGACAUUGAAGCAGGACUUGCAAUGCUAGAAGACUACAAGAGCAAAUGUGCAGUUUGCCAGGUGGGGUAUUAUGAUGCCUUCAGGAGUUCAAAAGACGAAGACGAUUUCAAAGCAAAUGUAAAAAGGCUGGAACUAACAGGAAUAUGGGAUGAGAUAGUUGAAAUGCUGAACAGGUAUGAACUCCCUGAAGGAUUUGAAAGCCGGAAAGAGUGGGUAGAGCUCUCAACCAGGUACCGUCGUAUUGUGGAGCCUUUGGAUGUUGCCAACUACUAUCGACAUGCAAAGAACGAAGACACGGGGCCUUACAUGGAUAAGGGCAGGCCAAGACGCUACAAAUACACCCAAAGAUGGCGUGAGCAUGCCUUGAGAAUGCCUGUUGGAUCGAGUGCAGAAUCCAGUUUCUGGGCAGAGGUAGAGGAGCUGCAGCUCCAUAGAAGAACCCGCCCGGGAGCAUUUGAAGAGAUCAGGGAAACAAUUUUGAACCUUGAAAGAAAAUUGAAGGAAUGGAUUGACGGUGAACACAUAAGCAGAGACGUGUUUUUGGAAGGCUCCAGCUUUACCAAAUUGUGGAAAUCACUCCCUCAACAGCAUAAAUCAGUCUCUUGUCUCCAGGGGCAAAUCAACAGCUAAGCUGUGACUCUCAGAGAGAAUGAUGUAUUUCAGUUUCAAUUCAUUCUCAUGUAUUCAGUUUUGAUUUUUGUUUCAAGCGUACUAAGAACAACUGGGUUUCAUUUUGAUGUUACUAUGGAAAAACCCGGAUUUAUCGAAUCUAAUCGGUUUUGACUUGCCUAA